AGGAGAACUAAAUGCAGACGGCGGCCGUGCUGGGACACACCGUCGACAGCACCUCUUUCUACUCGUAAAUAAAGAGGCGCUGCUGUAGCAAUGGAGGGGGUGACUGUAGGGCAGGUAUUUGACGCGGAGUGCAUUCUUAGCAAACGACCAAGAAAGGGCAAGUUUGAAUAUCUGGUGAAGUGGAGAGGGUGGUCUUCCAAGCACAAUAGCUGGGAGCCAGAAGAUAAUAUAUUAGACCCUCGGUUACUGGCAGCUUUCCACAAAAGGGAGCAGGAGAGAGAGCUGCUGUUCCAAAAGAAAGGCAAGAGACCCAGGGGCCGCCCACGAAAAAUAUUGGAAACCGCACCUUCAGCCAAAGACAGCCCCACCUCCUCGUCCCCUUCCUCCGGCCUCUCAUCGUCCGCCUCCUCGUCUUCCUCCGAGGACGACGACGAUGAAGACGACCACGCCAAGAAGGCCAAGCCGGGCCCCCGGCCCCUCCACCCGGGCCCCCAGAAGCGGCCGCAGAUCCUCCUGGCCAAACCUGACCCUGUCCCGAAGAAGCGCGGGAGGAAGCCCCUGCACCCUGAUCUACGGGCUCUGCGGCAGGCCAAGGGCAGGCCGUCUCCCUCCCCCCCACCCCCUCCUCCUCCGCCACCUUCCCCUCCGGCCACCGCUCCUCCACCGCGCCAGCAGCAGCAGGCCCUCAGGCCCCACCGGGACGGCCCUAGAGAGGAGUCCAGGUCAGGGGUGAAGAAGCCCCUCCAGCCGGCCAGCUUCACCUACACGGGGCUGAGCCGGGGGUCCCGGGAGGUGGCCCCCCCGGGCUCCCAGGGCCCCGCCGGCUCCUUCACCCAGUCGGCCUCCUCCAAGCCGGCCUCCCUCAACUCCAUGUGGGCGAACCGCUCCCUGUCCAACUCCUCCACCUUCCACAACAAAGCCGCCGCCUCCGCCCACGGGAAGAGCUCGUCGGACCUGAAGCGCUCCCUGUCGGACACGGGCAGCGGCCGGGGCGAGGGGCUCAAGACGUGCCCCCCGGCCUUGAAACAUCAGGUGGGAGGCGCGGAGGUACCCGGCCUCCACGGAAGCUCCAAGCACUCGGGCGGCUUCGGGAGAACCCAGGGAGGCGUCGGGGGCUCCUCCUCUCAGCGCUCCCUCCUGGGCCAGAGGAGACAGGAGGGAGUGGCGGGCCAGCAUCAGCACAACUCCUCCCCCUCCUCCGUCACCUCCAAGCUUACGGCCGCCUCCCCCGCUCCUCCCGCCUCCUCCCUCUCGGCGCGGGACAGAGUCACCCAGGCCCUCAGCCUGCGGGCGCUCAACCUGCAGAGCGUGGCCAAGCAUGGCAACGGCCAUCUCCACGGCAACAACAACACUAGCGCCGGCGCCGGAGGCCACGCCGCCUCCCGGUCGAGUCUGAGGAGCAGCUCCGGUCCCGUCGGGAAGGGCGGAGAAAGAGCCAAAGAGACGCGCACCUCCUCCUCCUCCUCCUCUGCGGCGGCCUCGGGUCAGUUCUCCAGUCCGCCAGCAGGGGGAGCCGCCGCGGAGCAGGGCAGCCGUGUGAGGGGCAAAGAGGCGGGGGCGGAGAUCGGAAGGGACGCCAAGGGAGCAGGCGGUCACCCGGGGAGGUCCAACAGCCGGCUGGAGAAGGGGAGCGGGGGGGGAGGCGGCGGUGCGGGAGCAGGGGGAAGCGGCGGGCGGCAGGAGGACAGGAAACACGGCGGCCAGAGCCAGACGCUGAAGGAGCUGAGCACGGGGGACUCGGACGAGAGCAGCAGCAGCAGCGGGGGCAGCGGCAGCGAGUCGGAGCGCAGCGGCGGCGGCGGCGGAGGCGACGAUGGCGGCGGCGCCUUCCUGUAUCCCGGCAACCGGCCCAGCCUCGGGGAGGUGGUGGCGUCGGCGGGGCUGGACGGCGAGACGGACUGGCGGCCCGCCCGGACCCUCCUGGAACACGUGUUCGUCACGGAUGUCACGGCCAACUUCAUCACCGUCACUGUCAAGGAGUCGCCCACCAGCGUGGGGUUCUUCAACGCCAGGAAGCACUGAGGUUCCGCCGUCGCCGGGGGUAACCACUUCGUUGACCCCGCCCCGACACACCGCCCAGCAUAUCGUUCGGUACAUCAGUGGUGCUUUGUUCCCCCCCCCCUCCCCCCUCCCUGCGUAUACAGAGUUGUUUGGGUGCUUCGAGAUAUGUGCCAUCUCUGAACUCCAUGGGCAGGGGCACCGAUGAAGAGAUUAAUGCCAGAUUAAAAUGGCGGCAGAGCGUACGAUCCGCCACUUUUCAAUACGGUGACAGUGUUUUGAGUGGUCGAACAGACUAAGGAGCGUGGCUUUAGCUGGGGGUGAGCAUGCAAAUGAAAAAGUGAAGUUGUACACACAUACAGACACACCCACCCACACUUAUUCAGUUCUCAUUGGACCAAAGGUGUCAAGAAUGUGAAUAUUUUAAGUUUCAAUUUUUUUACUCACAGUAUUCCUUGCACUACCACGGUGUAAAUCUUAAGUUAUGUAUUGAUUUCUUUCAUCUAAAAAAAACAUUUUAUUAUGGAUAUUUUUACUCUUACAAUUUUAUACCAUUGUAAUACAAUCGUACUCAUUUUCAAUUAUGAUACUAUCCUAGGGGUGAGAUGUUAAAUUGUUUAAUUUAUAUUUGUAAAUAUGUUCUUUUUUUGUGUUAUCUCGUCUAUCUGGUGCUUUUAUGGCUUAUUAGCUUCAGAUACUCGUAGCCUGUGUGCCUCCCUGCUAUUUUGAAGGUAUUUGGAAUAAACUAUGAUUACUUAUUUAA